GAAAGAAGAGGGGAGGACAGGCAGAUAAACACACAGACACACAGACGCUUCACUGCAGAGACUCUAGUCAGCCUGGUGAAGACGAAGAUGAGGAGCAAACUGAUCUAUGUUCUCAUGAUGGCAGUGAUGUCUGCAUUGCUGGUCAUCACAAAUUCUGCUGAACUUGAAACAACAUGGGGAUGGACCACACCAGGAACAUCUGUAAUGAAUUUAAACGGGAAGAUGUUCACUUUGUCUCGGUAUAGAGGAGGAAUAUCCUUCUAUCCACCCUAUUAUUCUGCUACCCCCACCUCUCCUUACUACACCCCCAAACGCACCACCCGUCCCUACUACCCCAAACCCACCACCGCACCCACCACCAGACCCACCCCCAAACCCACCACCCAUCGCUACUACCCCAAACCCACCCCCAGACCCACCACCAAACCCACCCCCAGACCCACCGCCAAACCCACCCUCAGACCCACCCCCAGACCCACCACCAAGCGCCACUACCCUACUACCUAUCCCUAUCCCUGGACCACAGCACCUCCUACUAGAGCAGGUGUGACGGUGUGUCUGCGUUACCUGGCCGACGACACUUCCUUUUCACUACUUACAAUCAGCCCAUCCAGCAGAAACCCUCUGAAUCUGGACGUCUCUAAUGCUGGGUAUCAGCUAACCUUUCAAUAUGGCUACAACUCACUGUACUUGCGACCUAACAUAAGGUUCUGGUCAAACCCUGGAGCGGACAUCUGGACCAGAGUCUGCCUCACUCUGGACUCAAUGAAGAAUGUGGCCCAGGUGUUCAGUGGCUCUCAUAUGAGCAUCAGAAAGUUGAUGCCUGUUAAGUAUGCCUGGUCGGGUCAGCCUGUGAUUGAACUUUCAGGUUUUGAUGGUCAGAUGACAGACCUGCAGGUGUGGGAUUAUCCUCUCCGCUACAGAGAAGUCUUCAACUACAUGACCGGCGGUGUCUACAUGCCAUACAGUGGCUCCGUCAUCACCUGGUCCUACAUCGGCUACACCCCCAGAGGAUCAAUACUAAUGGAGGAUGUCUAUGAGCAGCAGGCAAGACAGCCAAUCAGCAGCAGCACCAAGGAAGGAGGAGAGGGGAGGAAGAAAGGGUACCGACCAAAGGAAGAGAAGAAGACCAUGAAGUUGUAUUAUAUGCAGAGUAAGAGCGAAAAUAAUUUCUGAAACGUACAGGGGUAUGUGUUCAAAAAGCUGAUUCCUCUGUUCUUCACUUAAUAAUGAAGGAUUCACAAUAAUCAACCAAGCAAUAAUUAAUCAUAAAUGAUCUUCAAACUACUGCUGGUUACUGAUAUGAUGAAAGUGUGUAUUUACUGUAGAUUUACAGGAUGGUAACAGAAUAAAACGGUGUAAUUCUGUAAAUUUUUACUAACACGUUUGACUUUAUGUUGAUCUUUUUUAUGUGAAUUUACUUGCCUUAUUUUGUAUGUUCUAAUAAAAUAGUAAAAAGAU